AUGAGGGACUUUCUUACACUUUUUGCUCGAGACCAAGGCAUGGCUAAAGAUGCUCCUCUUCAGGAGUUUUCAGAAAUUCUGCAAAAGGACAACAUUUCCACUGGUGAGGACCAAUUACCCAGCACCCAGCUCAGUAGAGUUCCAGUGAGAGCCAACCUUAACCAGCUAUCUGGCUCUCUGAUCUAGACGACAGCACUCAAGAGGUGUUCACAGCAGCCUGUGAACAUCUUCAACACAGAGGUCUCAAAAGUGGGCAGCAAAUCCUCAGCUGUAGCAAGUUCCUCUGGAGUCCCUGGAGGCUGGUUGGUUUGUGAAUGGUGUUGUCACACCUCAGUGAUUUCACUGUUUCCCAGUCCCCCUCAACCUUUCAGGACAUGA